GCCCACGCCGCGCAGUUCCCACUGGGCUCGCCAUGGCAAUGGCCGGCGGCGGCGGCGGCGGCGGCGUCGUCCCGGAGGAGGACUCGGUGCUGUUCCGGCGUGGUACAGGCCAGAGUGAUGAUUCUGACAUUUGGGAUGAUACAGCAUUGAUAAAAGCUUAUGAUAAAGCUGUGGCUUCAUUUAAGCAUGCUCUAAAGAAUGGUGACAUUUGUGAAACUUCAGAUAAACCAAAAUGCACACCUAAAAGAAAACCUGCUAAGAAGAAUAAAAGCCAAAAAAAGAAUACCGCAACACCCUUGAAACAGUGGAAAGUUGGUGACAAAUGUUCUGCGAUUUGGUCAGAAGAUGGUUGCAUUUACCCAGCUACCAUUGCUUCAGUUGAUUAUAAGAGAGAAACCUGCAUUGUGGUUUACACCGGAUAUGGAAAUAGAGAGGAGCAAAAUCUGUCUGAUCUUCUUUCCCCAACCUCUGAAGUAGCUAAUAACAUAGAACAGAAUGCUCAAGAGAAUGAAAAUGAAAGUCAAGUUUCAACAGAUGAAAGUGAGAGUUCCAGGUCUCCUGGAAAUAAGCCAAAUAACAUCAAGGCAAAAGCUACUCCAUGGAACUCUUUUCUCCCUCCACCUCCCCCCAUGCCUGGGUCAGGCCUGGGAUUAGGAAAGCCAGGUUUAAAAUUCAAUGGCCCGCCGCCACCACCACCACCACCUCCCCACUUCCUGUCAUGCUGGCUGCCGCCACUUCCUUCUGGACCACCAAUAAUUCCCCCACCACCUCCCAUAUGUCCAGGUUCUCUUGAUGAUACCGAUGCUUUGGGAAGUAUGUUAAUCUCUUGGUACAUGAGUGGCUAUCAUACUGGCUAUUAUAUGGGUUUCAGACAAAAUCAAAAAGAAGGAAGGUGCUCACAUUCCAAUUAAGGAGUAAGUCUGCCAUCAUUAUGAAAGUUAAUCUUAUUUUUGUAUAAAUUUUGUGGAAAACAACUAUGUAACAUUUUAAAAUUUUGAAAUGUUACAUAGUUGAAAAGUUAAUGUAAAACAACAUUAAAGACAUUUUGAUGCCAAAGAUUAGAUACAAGAUUGAGAUCUGCAUCCCCCCUAAAAUUCUCCUGGUGUCGAAGUGUCAUCUCACCAAAUUCUUGCUGGUUGGUUUUAUGGAAAAAACAUACUUUUACAAUAAAAAGAUCCGUAGGAUCUGAUUACCUUUUGCAUCACUGGUAGUCAGAUAACCAGGCAUUUUUUUUUAUUUGUGAUGCUGUAUUGAAGUACACUGUAUUACCUAUGAAGCAUUCUCAUCAAAAAAGCUUAACUAGAAUUUAGUCAAGCCUUUAGAUCUAAUUUCCCAUUUGCAGGAAAUAAACUGGGGAUAGAGCAACAAGUUAAAUGACACCACUAAAGAAACGAUCACACAGGUCCAGAAUGUGGAAUGCCGUAGAAGAUAACUGGCCUCAUUUCUUCAAAAUAUCAGUGUUGGAAAAGAAAAAGCAAGGUGGAAUAGUUAACUAUUCUAGAUUAAAAGUUACUUAAGAGACAUAAUAACCAAAUGCAGUGUGGAAUCUUUGAUUGGACCCUGGUUUGUAAAACCAUUUGACUUGGGGUGGGGAUGAUUGAGAAAAUUUGAAUAUGACUAGAUUUUAAAUAUUAGAUAAUUAUUGCUAAUUGUAUGGGCUGUGAGAAGGGCAUUGUAGUUUAUAGAAGAAUGUUUUAAUUUGCAUACUGAAAUAUUUUUGGAAUGAACUGUUAGAGUGUCUCUAAAAUAUUUUAAAAUGGUUUAGCAAAAUGUAUGUGUGUGAAGCAUAAAUGGCAAAAUGUCAGUGACUAACUGGUGUGUAUAUGGAUGUUCAUUGUACUAUUUUUUUUUAUUUCCUGUAUGUUUAAAAGUAUAUAAUAAAAAUAUUUAAUUGUUUUUAAAAUUA